AUGGGAGAACAACCCUUUCAAAUCAACGUUAGCGACGAGCACCUCACUCUCCUCAAGGCGAAACUCGACUUGUCUGCGUUUCCUGAUGAGCUUGACGAGGCAGGCUGGGCGUAUGGCGCACCACUGACGGACCUGAAGCGACUGGUGAAGCGGUGGAAGGACGGCUAUGACUGGCGCAAACACGAGAAGGCGUUGAACGACGAGCUACCCCAAUUCACACGGGACAUUGAGGUGGAUGGGUUUGGGUCGCUCAAUAUCCACUAUGUCCAUAUUCGCAGCGGGUUGGAGGAUGCUAUUCCGUUGUUGUUUGUCCAUGGAUGGCCAGGCAGCUUUUUCGAAAUACGCAAAAUGGGGCCACUUCUUGCACAAGUCCAUCCCGACCACCCCAGCUUCCAUGUAGUUGCGAUCAGUCUGCCGGGCUAUGGAUUCUCUGAGGCACCAAAGAAGAAAGGCUUCAAUAGCAAGCAGUAUGCUGAGGUCUGCCACAAACUAAUGCUUGCACUGGGUUACAACGAAUACGUCACCCAAGGCGGAGAUUGGGGCGGCAUUAUUCUCUGGAUUACUCGCAAACUCGCUGUUGAAUAUGGCGGCGAACACGCCAAAGCGUGGCAUACGAACUUCCCUGUUGUUGGCCCUCCGCGAUUCAGCUGGAACCCGUUUCAGGUUUUCACCUCUGCAUCGAUGCUGUUUGCCCUUCUCUGGAUGACACCAGAAGAAAAAGCAGGGCUUCAACAGGCACAGAGCACACAGCGCCACGAACUGGGGUACUUCCAGAUGCAAACUACGAAACCUCAGACGCUGGGGUACUCUCUUGCUGACUCACCUGUUGGCCUGCUCGCUUGGAUUUACGAGAAACUCGUCCGCUGGACGGAUAAGUAUCCCUGGGACGACGAUGAGGUCCUAACAUGGAUAUCGAUUUAUUGGUUCUCCCGUGCCGGUCCAGCGGCCUCGCUCCGCAUCUACUACGAAAUCGCCCAGGAACGCGGACUUAUUCCCUCUGUUUACGACCCCACGACACAACCAAGCAUUCCUAUGGGUAUCACCUACUUCCCCGGCGAGAUAUUCGGUCUGCCGCGCAAGCGAGUUACUCCUCUUAGUUUUUGGUCAUUCACUAAGCAAAUAUAUUCUCAAUUUUUUAGCUGGGUUCGUCGCACCGGGAACGUCGUAUUCGAAUCGGCACACCCGAUGGGCGGGCAUUUUGGGGCAUAUGAAGCUCCUGCGCUGUUGGCUGAUGAUCUGCGCAAGAUGUUUGGAAGAAAUGGCCCUGCGUAUGGGGUGGUUCCUAAACGAGUUGGAUAUGCAGCACGGAGCCGUUUGUAA